AUGUUACAGUAUAUACUGUUUAUAUUUAUAAUUAUAAAUUCAAUGAUAAAUAAUUAUGCUUCAACGGAAUUAAAUGAUAACGCAAGAAUAAUAAUUGUUGGUGCUGGUGCCUCAGGUAUUGCAGCAGCAUCAAAGUUAUUUCAAAAUGGUUUUAAAAAUAUUAAAUUAAUUGAAGCUGAAAAUCGAAUAGGUGGUCGCCUUUAUGCUGUUAAAAUAGGUGAUUAUAUGGUAGAUAUGGGUGGUCAGUGGGUGCAUGGUGAAAAAAAUAAUGUUGCAUUUGAAUUAGCUUGGCCACUAGGUCUUAUUGAACCAUUUAAUGUAACAAUGAAAUGGACAUCUAGAAUAUAUAAAUCUGAUGGUCAAUCACUAUCCGAAAAAUUAAGCACAAUCUUGAGUGAAUACUAUUUUGGUCUCAUGAGCAAUAUUAAUGGUAUUGAUGAUUCAAAAACUGUAUCUUACGGGGAACAUGCGCAAGCAGAAAUGCAAGAGUUUUUUAAAACUUACCCAGAAAUAACAGAUGAUCUGAAAAAACCACUCUUGCAUUUAUUUAAUUUAGUACAGGGAGCAUCUGAUGGUUCGGAUGAUUGGAAUAAAAUUUCAGCAAAGAGUUUUAAAAAUUAUCUUGAAUGUGAAGGUGAUCAAUCUAUUAAUUGGAAAGAACGAACUUAUUCAACGAUAUUAGAUAUAUUAAUGAAAAAAUAUCCAAAUCCUGAGGAGGAACUGCCAAUUAUAAAUAAUACUAUUUUAAAUUCAAAAGUUGUUAAAAUAAAUUUGGAUACAGCAAAUCCACCGGUUCAAGUAAUUACUCAAGACGGUAAAUCAUAUUUGGCUGAUCACGUUAUCUUAACACCAUCUUUGGGAGUAUUAAAAGCUGAUUAUAAUAAAUUAUUUAACCCGCCGCUACCUGAUAAUAAAAUAAACGCUAUUCAAAAUAUUGAAAUGGGGCAUGUAGCUAAAAUAUAUUUAUUUUAUGAUAAUCCAUGGUGGCAUGAUGGUAUUUAUUACAAAUCUUUAUUAUGGACUGAACAAGAUAAAAAAAAAAUAGAGAACGAUCCGGAAACAAGAUGGUUAUCUGGAGUUUAUGAAGUAAUUGAUGUAGAGCAUAAACCAAAAAUAAUAUGCCUAUGGAUGACUGGUCCAUAUGUCACAGAAAUGGAACAAGUACCGGAAGAUAAAUUUCGUAGUCAAAUACUUGAACUAUUAAAUCAAUUUUUUGGACAUUCUUAUAACUUAACGCAACCUUCUGAAAUAGUGAGAUCUAUGUGGAAUACAAAUGAUAAUUUCCUUGGUACAUAUAGUUGGCGUAGCGUUAACUCGGAUUUAAAAAAUGCGCGUUAUCAAGAUUUGGCCGAGCCAAUUAUAAAAAAUUAUAAACCUGUGUUAUUAUUUGCGGGUGAAGCUACAGAUGAACGCUAUUCGACUGUUCAUGGUGCAAUUCAUUCAGGGUGGCGUGAAGCUGAUCGAUUAAUUAAUUUAUAUUGAUCAGUUAACAUUAAUUGAGUGCUAUUACAUAUUUCAGAUAAUUCGCUUUGUAAUUUAUAACAACAAUAAUAUAAAUAUCUAUUUUAUUUUUCUCAUAUUUUAUUUAUAAAAUAUAUAUGAAAUUAAUUUUAGUAUAAAAAAUCUGUAUUUAUUUAUAACAAUAAAAAAAUUUUUUUUUUU